CUGAAACCCUAAAAAGAAAAAAGGAAAAAAAAAGACCAACCAACACUUAGAGCAAAAAAACAGUACUUUGUUAUGUGCUGUAGAUCAUCCAAGCAUCAGUGAAAUACUUCUCAGACAGGGAAAAAAACACAAAAAUGUCUGCAAGAAUUCUGUACGCCUUAUCUGAUGAAAAUCCAGCUAUUCGUAACAAGACUGAAGGCUGCCGUCAGCUCCAUAGCGUACAAAAUGCCAGCUUCGGCCACCAUACAAAGCUCACACCAGGACAAAGACAAGCCAGCACAUCUGGAAGACAAAUAAGUAGAGCUAUGCAUGAGGUUACGGAGAAACCAACGUCAAAGGCUGCAAACAAGAGCCAGAGAGCCCCUUCUUUGUCAUCCAGAAGCUCUGUUUCCUCUUCACGGAGUCUGUCUAGUUUCUCAUCUGCUGAUACCUAUCACAGAACCUCUCAACUAGAUCCACCUUUUUCUGGAAAUGGAACGUUCCAUGAAUCACGUCAUUGGAGUAGGAACUCAAAUGGCCUCCGGGAUGUUGUUAAGGACGCCAUCCACAGAGAAGCACGAAGGGUAAAGACAAGGAGCACGAGUGAAGAUGGAAAAGGCCCCUCAACAUUGAAUUGUAUAGAUUCUCCUAGGCCAUUAGCUCAAUCCAAAUUCACAAAGAACCGAGUUUACUCUUACGAUGGAUCAUAUUGGACCAUACCACUCAAGGACAGGUCUCGAUUCUCCUCCGACAAAAGCGAGAUGAGACCCACUUCUAUUAUGAGGUUGCAAGAGCAGCCAAGGCAUUGCGGCAGACAAAACCAUCGCUUGGAAUAUGAGCACAAGCAAGGUAGGAGGAUCUCCUGCUUCCUGAACUGGCAGCGAGAGCCGGAAAGCCGUGGGAGAACAUCAGGUGUUGUGGCCAGGCUAAUGGGGAUUGAAAUGCUUCCUGAACCUGAUUCCAUGCAAAGAUUCUCAAGAACACAUCAGAAUAAGCAAUACCGCCUUACUAGUUCCCUGAAGCACACUAACUCUGAAGCAGCUAAACCUGGAGUGAACACUUCUGAUCACAAGAAAGCUAGUAGCUCUACCCCCAAAUCAACAUCAAAUGCACUCCUGAAACUCCCCAAGAGACAUUCGAGCAGCGAAAAAUUUAAACAGAAGCAAACAGAAGAUGAUUCAGCUUCAAGUCCUAGCCUUCGUAGAGGAAGUUCCAGUCAACCACUUCACAACUUGAAGAAGAAUUCUAGUCUGAGACCAAUAGAAAAGGCACGGGCUCUCGGAGGGCAUCACUCGCCCAUCUCUGAGUCCGCUGAGAGGCCAAGAAAUCAUAGUCUUCAGCAGAAGAAGAAGAAGCAAGGUAUGGAUCAGAAACAUCGUCAGGCCAUUCCUUCGACCGACUCAAGCAAAACGGCACGACAUUAUAGUAAAGGACCAAAGAAAUCCGGCGGCUCCGCCAUCCAAAACCUCAGAGCAAGAAUCCCUAUUCCGAAGCAACCAAAGAGCGGAACAAAUCAGAUAGAUCAUUUCACCAAUGCUGUUGUUACACCAAAAUAUGAGUUUGAGAAAGCCAGAGACACUUCUGAACAAUAUACUCCUAAACAAGAGAAUUCUAGCCCAGGAGUUGGAGAAGAAACGGCGAGGCCAGACCCUUUGGACCUAGUCCAGGAACAACCGAGCCCUGUUUCUAUUCUCGAUGUGGUUUUCUACGAUGAUGAGCCACUGUCUCCUUUGAAGAAGAUAACAAAUGCAUCCGAUGAUGAGGAGCACCUUAACUCCAAGGAAACAAGCUGGAACCGAGAGGAUCAAAGUGACUUCUGCCACUCCAGAGCCCCCAGCCUAUCAUCUGAGAAUGGUCCAAACAUUCUGCUUGCCAACUCAACUCCAGAAGAAAUUUUCGUCCAAGAAACAACGGUCCUAUAUGGGAGUAAACAUAAAGAACAUAAAUAUAUAUCAGAUAUAUUAUCAAAAUCAGGUAUCCUUGAAGAUCCUGAAUCCAGCUUGAAAAACCCACAGAUUCAACCUUCACGUCUUCCACUCGAUCCUGAUCUUUUCCUUGCCCUUGAACAACACGAGGUGCACAUGGAGGUUCCAAGAGAUGGGGUGAGAUAUAACAGGUCAUGCCAGACACAAGACUCGGAGAAGAUGAAACGAAAACUUAUAUUUGAUACUGUCAAUGAGAUUCUGGCACAAAUGAUUGUUUCCGAAGGACUGUUCAAGGGACACAUCCAGCUAAGGAUACUCUCAGGCGAAAGGGUCAAAGGACACAUGAUUCUGCAAAUUGUAUUUUCUGAGAUAGACUGCCUACAAGCUCAUAAAUCAAACUGCACACUCCAUGAUGAAGGUUAUAGCCUGAAAAGCAUCUUCCGGGAAGAUCUUAUGUAUCGAGAACGAGAAUGGACAGACUUACAGGGAGAGAUCCCCAGCAUCGCAUUGGAUGUUGAGAGGCUGAUCUUCAAAGAUCUAAUAAGUGAAAUCAUUAGUGGCGACAGAGAAGCUAACAAAGCAAGACCCUAUAAGCAUCACAGAAGACUGCUUUCUUACAAAAGAUUUCUUCCUUGACGGUCCCGGUUGAGGUAAAAAUUCCGUUUAGUCCCUCUGCCAGUUCAUCAAGCCAAGAAGACAGCUUCACCUUUGGGGAAAAAGAAAAUUACAUUGGUCGGGCAAGAAAUAAGCAGUCCAGUUUUUUUUUAGCUGCUAACCCCAAACAAGUUUUGACCAAUUCCCAUCAUUGGUCAUUGAAUGAAAUAAGAUGCACGAAAAUGUUAGAAAUCUGGAGGAAAAACAACGGAAAAAAAAAACAAGAACGAAAUCGAACCGAGGGACCGGAUAUCUCUUCAAGGCGUGUGGACACUUUCCUAAAACCGUUAUUCUGUCCGUUCUGAGCAA